AGAGUGACACCUCUCCCCCCCACCUCCGGCAGCUAUUUACCGGAGACUCUUCCCGUCACCGUGUGCGGCUCAUCUGCCCCCGUUUUCAAACAUGGAAGAGAGGGAAAGAGAAAGCGCAAAGUCGGACGUCAAAGAAACGGCAGCCUCGGGCGUUUCGACCACACCACCGCCGCCGGGGCGCGAGGCCGCGCCGGCGGCGGCGGCGCAGCGCGAGGCGGGCGACGGUGACGCAGACAAAACCGACGUGUGCUCCGGUAACUUCGACCCGCUCGUGGCGCUGUACGCGCCCGCCGUGCCGCUGCCCUUCCCCAACAUCAGGGGCUUCAACAACGUCGCGGCGUACGAGAGCUUCAUGAAGGGCGGCCGGGGCCGAGCCAAGCCGGAGAACGUGGAGAAGAGGCGACGCAAGGCCAUGAAAGGGGUCGCGGACCCGGAGCGCAUCGCGAGGCUGAAGAAGCUCAUCGUGAACAACCCGGUGUCGGAGACCGGGGAGAGCAGCAGCGGCGGCGGCGGCGGCGGGCGCAGGAGGAGGCAGAAGCCCCAGAAAAACGUCCUGACGAGGAUGCCCCUGUGUAAAGGCAGUCCGAUGGGGGAGCUUUACAGGUGCGUCGAGGAGAGGAUAAGGGUCAAAGUUCACAUCAGGACCUUCAAGGGACUGCGGGGAGUGUGCUCUGGCUUCGUCGUGGCCUUCGACAAGUUCUGGAACAUGGCGAUGGUCGACGUGGAUGAGACGUACAGAGAGCCGCUGCUCGGGGAGGCGUUCUACCAUGAAAAGGCCCUCACCAUUUCACGGCUCUUUGAGAAGCUGAAGCUGCAGGAGAACCCGGGAGAGGAAAACCCCGACGCCCGGAAAAAGGCCAGCGAGCGUCGGCCGGCGAAACCCGGAAGCCCCCCGGAAGAGCAGCCGGGGAGGGGGGGCGCGGGGACGGAGGCGAAGGCCCCGGGCCGUCCGACGAGAGGCUCCCAGAAGUACGGAACGGUCCACACGCGCCACAUCAACCAGCUUUUCAUCCGGGGGGAGAACGUCCUCCUGGUUAACCCACAGCCGCUCUGACUGGUAUCUUCGGUCGCAUCUCGGCGCCGGGCGCGAGAGGCCGGGCAACUUCCUGUCCAGAUUGAGUUUCACGCUGGAACUUGAUACCGGAUAUUUGAUUUGGUCAGAUUUGGGGGGGGGCGAAGUGUUGUAUCAUGUUGAUACGGAGGUUCGUUCCUCACUGCGCCACCAGAGAAUGGUCAUGAUUUUGAGGAAUAAAAGCUUCUCAGUGUUAA